AUAUAUAUAUAUUCGGUCGGUUGGGGUCGAAAGAUGGUUGUACUGUUGAGAUGUUGUUUGGUCAUUCAGCGUGGCUGAGAGAUAAAAUGGCUGUUACGCUUGUCUUACAAAUUGCACUGCUGUGCGCUACUUUUCUCGUGGGCGUGACUGCAGACGCGCCACCUGGUACUUUUGUAACAGAGUGUCGGGACCGAUAUUUUUGGAUGUUGAUUAAGCGGAGCUUCAUUCAAGACAGAUACCGCUUUGACAUCAUCGAUGACAAAGGUGUUCACCCUUUGAAUGGGAGAUAUGCCGCAUCCUGCGGAUUCACUUCUGUGUUCAAUAUCCCGGGAGACCUGAUCUUCAGAGCUUCAUUCCUGGCUUGUCAUGUGUUAAAUCAGAAAGACACACGGUUCCACUUGCAGUUUCUAUUUGUGAACAUCGACCAGUUUGGCAGAGAGACCAGCUAUCCAUUCUCCAUGACCUGCAACCUGGGCUCGGAUUGGAAACCCAGAGAGAUCGUAUGCGAGGAGAACUACAUGGAGGUGUCCGUAAGGAAAAAUGUCCCAGUUAUUGCCCAAGAAGGAUUGGGUACUGAAGACUGGCAAGGGGCCCUCCCUAUAGCCCAGCAAGCGGCAAUGAUGGUUUGGCAGGUCGUGAUCCAUAAAUCUGGACAGCCGGCAAAAUCCAUGAACAUCUCUACAAUGCAAGCUCUGGGAUACAUGGUCAACUCAACAUCUUCCAGAGUCUACCUCCGUUCUCCCUUUGGAAUGCCAGAGUCUGAAGUCCUGUUGGUGGCUGGGAUCCAGGUGGAAGCCAUCAGAGCCACUGUGUUCUACAAGCAGAGGUGGAUGCUGCUAUUGGUGGACACUUCAGCUGCCUGCACCAAGAACAAUGCCACUUUUGAUGGUACCCGCCUGAUCUGGGAGAUGCCUCGAAUCUUCACCCCCUUGGUCCUUCAUGUUGCUCAGUUCCAGGAUAAGCAGAUUACAAUGGGGGUGGAGGGGAUUCUCCUAAACGCUCCCACAUUGCAGACUAGGGGCUACAACCUGAGUGUCAACAACACCAUAGUGAAGAUUUCUAUCCCCUAUGGAGCUGAAGGGGGAUAUCUGAAGAGUCGUGUCAUUAAUAACCAGUACAACCAACUCUACGCCAUUGACCUCUUCUUGGAGCACCAGUGGGCUGAUGACCUGUGGGAGGUGACCCAGCACCGAUCCUUCAAGCCAGUCAACACCCCCCUCAUUCCUGAGACCCCUUAUGUCAUAAACAACACUGUCCCAAGUGAGAAGGGCUUUACAGUGACCCUUGGUAACUUCAAGCCAGAUGUUGAGCUGAAGAAACUGACCAUCAACAGGGUUCCCCUGACCCUUCCUGAGGCCCAGAACAGGGGUGUGGAGAUCAUUAAGGUCCAGCACCCCAAUGGCACAAACGAUUUUGUCCUGAAGGUCCCCUUCAACAACCCGUUGGUCUCUGUAGAGUACAUUGGAGGUCUCAUCCGGAGAUACACCUUGAACAUCAACUACACCUUGAACAUCGUCCCCCAGAAUGAUCCUUAUUUCCACCCGGCCACUAUCGUGUGCGAUGUGAAGGAUGUCAGUCUUCCUGAUGUCAAAAGCUUUUGUACAGAAACCAGCAUAGUCUUUGAAGUGACCCCAGGCAACAUGGACUCCAACUGGGAGCUUUGCAUUGGGAACCGCAGUCUUCCUUACACCAUCACAGAGCCCAAGAUAACAAUUGAGUUGCCACUCUUUAGCAUUGGCUACAUCUAUGAGGAUAUCUCUCUGAGGGGCCUCACUGUUCGAGUGGAGCUGAACAUGAGGAACAUCAAGAAUUUGCAGGUCGAAAAGCAGUUUGUGCAACGCUGCCCAAUCCCGACCAGGAAGCUGCUGGUGUGCAUGCCUAAUGGAGUGAUAACAGUGGUAGCUGUGACAAUGGAGCCCAUACCAGUAGUUGAACCCAGCAAGACAACCCUACUGGACCGGACCUGCAAACCCAAGGAGUUCGACUCUACCAGGGCGCUCUUCACCUUCAGUGUGAACACCUGUGGGACCACCAGCAAGAUUGUGAAUAACUACCUGGUCUAUGAGAAUGAAGUGGUGUAUACCAGAGCGCUGUUCCCACCCAAUGCUCCAGUCAUCACUAGAGACUCUGAAUACAGGCUGACGAUCCGUUGUCGUUACCCUCUCAACGACACCCUGACUCUUGCUGCUGAAAGAAAGGCUGUCCCUGCUCCGGCCCCCUACUCUGGAAACGGGCAUGGAUACUUGCAUUUACGCUCUUAUGAUCCUAUGGCCAAAGGCAACAAGAGACCGAGAGAUGUUAUGAAUCUGAAGGCUCGAAUAGCAAGGGAUAUAAACUACUCCCAGUUCUACUCUACGUUCCCUGUGUCCCAGUCUCUGCUGGAACCGCUGUUCCUACAGGUUGAGCUCCUGCACCCCUACAGCUUGGCUGACCACCUCAUCCUGCAGGAUUGCUGGGCCACACUGACCCCUGAACUGGAUGCCAGCCCUCAAUGGGACCUGGUCACUGAUAGCUGCCUGGUCACUGGAGAUUCCUACAGGACCCAGUUCCACCCAGUGCUGGCCAGCACACUCACUGGGACCUCCUCCCACCUAAAGAGGCUUGAGGUCCAAGUACAGCGGUCUAACAAGGACCCUGCUUUCUGGAGACAGGUGUAUUUCCAUUGCAUGGCUGUAGUUUGUGAUCCUAACCUGGAGGAUACCUGCAAUAAAACAUGUGUGCCUGGAGACCGGAGAUCUGCCCGCAGUGUUGAUCGUUUCAGGAAGACCCAUGGUUAUGUUUCUGCUGGACCGGUCCAAAUGAAACCUGAGGGGCAAGUUGCUGACAUCGAAGCUGCAGGUGAUGGAGACUAUUCUCCACUGCCCCACUCUAUUCCACUCGUGGGAGUUGCUGCUGUCUUUGUCUCUGGGCUCUUGUUGCUGGUCGCUGUGGUUCUGUCUGUUAAAUCUUAGAUGUUGAGAUCCUGUGUUUUCAAUAAAGCCUUAAAGCUGAA